ACUGACUUCAAAAUGGAAAGCUGUCCCACACCCUGUGUGCCACAGUCACACAUUUAUGCGGACAUAGAUUUCAAUGUUCGCUCACUUUUGUUGAUUUUGAGCGGUACGUCAACGACUGAAGAAGGCGACAUCCUAGAACUAGAAGAUAUCUAUCAGUUACGAGAGGACCUUGAGGUUCUGAUACGAAAUGUAUCGUAUUAUCACCCGAGGAUACAGGAACUCCAUGAAAGGAUUCUAUCGUUGAAAACAACGGUUGAUCAAUUUACAAAACAAGAAAUCAGUAUAGAAGAGAGAGUCAGAUCUCAAUAUCAGAUGCAUUGGGAUGAAACGAAAGACAAAUUCACGGAUGUCUCAAUAGUUUGCAGCAAAGAGCGGGAACGAAUCGAAGAACUUGAGAAGAAUGAAAUCAGAUAUAAAAGUGCAUUGGAAAAUAAAAAUAGCAGAAUAAAGUCAUUAGAAGAGAAGGUAGCCAUCCUGUCAGAGAGUAAUGAAAAAUUAUCUUCCACAGUUAGCCAAAUGAAAGAGGUUUCUGCUUAA